AUGUCCGCCUAUAUCCCUGAAGACCUGGUUCUAGAAGUUCUCCCCUGGCUUCCCCUAAAAUCUCUUAUCCGAUUCCGAUCCGUCAGCAAAUCUUGGGCCACCCUCAUCGACGGAAGACUGUCUUACUCAUUCCUAUGCUACAGCACUAUCGCCUUUGCCUCUGAAAUUCAUCAAGAUCUUCCGUUACAAAGCCCACAUGAUAUUGAGGUUGUGGGUUCCUGUAAUGGCUUGCUCUGCAUCUUUGACUACUUUGAAACCGGCAACAUCGUUGUCUGGAACCCCACCACGAUGGAGCUCAUGCUCCUCCCUCACGCUUGGGACGUGGGCACUGUCUUUUUCGGUUUCGACCAGAUACACGAGGAGUUUAAGGCUUUGAGGAUUUGCUAUGUGCCGGAGAGUGAAAAGCCGCAUCUCCCUCGUUACUGGGAUGUUCCUGUUCGACUGAACCGGGAAGCGGAGGUUUAUAGCCGAAGCGGUGGUUCUUGGAGAAAUCUUGUCGUCGAUGUUGAAGUGCCUGAUCUUCGUGGAUACGAUUCAGCUUAUGUGAGUAGUGUUUAUUUCUGGUUGGCGUUAAAUUGUACUGGGGGCGAGAAGGUUUUUGCGUUCGAUGUGUGCGACGAGGUGUUCCGAACGACGGCGUUGCCCAAUGCUUGUCUUGUUUAA